AUGAAGUUCGUUGCGCUCGUCAGCGGUGGGAAGGACAGUAUAUACAAUAUUAUGGAAUGUAUUGUACAUGGCCACAGUUUAGUUGCUCUUGUUAACUUAUGUCCUCCAAGAUGUGGUGACAAAACCUCAGAGAUCGACAGUUAUAUGUACCAAAGUGUUGGUAGUGAGGCUAUAGGAUACAUUUCUAGUGCACUUAAAGUUCCUCUAUAUCAAACGGAGCUACGCAGAGUGUCCCAUUGUAGGCGCAUGUUGUACCGUCAAUGUUCAAACGACGAGGUUGAAGAUCUUUAUGAUAUCUUAUGUAAAGUGUUAUCUGAAAUCCCUGAGGUGACUGCUGUGUCAAGUGGGGCUAUACUUUCAGACUAUCAGCGAUAUCGUGUCGAGAAUGUAACUCGUAGGCUGGGUUUGCGUUCGUUAUGUUUCUUAUGGCAACGGUCUCAAGAAGAGCUUCUGGAGGACAUCGUUUCAGCUGGCCUCGAUGCCAUAAUAAUCAAGAUCGCCGCUUUUGGACUCACAGUUGAAGAUUUCCUUGGGGUUCAUCUCAGUAGUAUUGCAUAUAAGCUUCGCCAGCUGUCAGUCCCCCCUUGGUCUUUAAAUGUAUGUGGUGAAGGUGGCGAAUUUGAGACAAUUACAUUAGACUGCCCAAUUUUUCAUAGUAAAAUUGAAUUAAAAUCGGAACCUGAAAUUGUGACACAUUCUAAAGACCCAUUUUCACCUACUGCUUACCUCUGUUUAAGGAAUCUGAUUUUGGAGGCUAAACCAUUGAACGAGGUUUGCCGAACCUCGGAGCAACUUUUGUCUUUAAAAGGAAAACAUAAUAAUGAGGGAAAUACUUCAACACAUGAACGAUCACCAUUUAUCACUCCAUUUGAAAGACUAAAAAGUAUACGUUUGAAAACAUGUGAAGAAAUAAAAGGCGACGUUACUAAUGCUUUAGUUCAGAAAACGAAUAUUAAUUGCAAUAAUGAUAAUCAUCAGAAAUACUAUGAGUUUGACCGGAAAUCAAUAAAUAAUUUUGCUAGAUCAUUAGGUAAUGGCAUGUAUAUUACAUCAAAUUACUAUGGUACUGGUGAAAAAGUAGAUGAAAUACAUAAAGCUACAGAAGAUGCCUUCAGUCAAAUGAAAAAUGUUUUCACUUUAAACGAAAUUAAACCUCAGCAGAUUGUGCAAUUCAUUGUCGUUUUAAGUCAGCGUUUGUCUCCAGAUGUAUUCAGUAAUUUCAAUGAAGCCUAUACUGGACAGCUAAACAGGUGGUUAGAAGAAAUAGAGAUUGACAGUAACAAUUUAAAAACUGAAUAUAUUGAUUCAUACAUGCCAACACGUGUGUGUAUUUGUGUGAAUUCUCUUUCAAAUGAGACCGUUUAUUGUUCUGACAAAGUCUUAACAAUUAGUCUAUCUGCCAUCGUAUAUUAUGGUGAUAUAAAUGUGUUUGAAUGGAUUAAUUCUCUGCGUGGUCUAUAUGUUCAGUCUAUUUCACAUUGGGCUCCAGCUAAUAUUGGUCCUUAUAGUCAAGCAAUAGCUGUUCCUAUCUCAAAUAUUCAGCUGGAUGAUUUCUCUACUUGUGUUACAGAUUAUUUUACAUUCUAUUCUGGUCAAAUUGGUUUAAUUCCUGAGUUGGAAGUAAUACCAUCAGAAACUGGAUAUUUUUCUGAUCACUUCGAAGCAUUGGAAGUUGAAUCUUGGCUUUCAUUAAGACAUUGUCACCGAAUAAUGAAAUACAUGGCCCCGUCCAACAUAUGGAUGGAUCUGUUCCUUGGAAUUUGCUAUGCCAUUGAUGAAGUUUCAUUAAACCAGGCUCGAAAUUGUUUUCACCAAGCUGUUUGUUCACAAACACUGGAUACCACUGAUAAAUGUCAUUGCAAUCAUUGUAUUGUAUGGCUUGUCGUAUCGAGUCUACCUAAAAAUGCUACAGUUGAAUGGCAAUGGAUAACUGGACCAUCAUCACUAUCAUUGGUAAUCACAUCGUUAAAUAAAGUACUUAACAGAGAAUCAAUUAUUCCUUCGAAUACUUUUAUGCUAUUCUAUCGAUAUGAUGUUAAUGGAUUAAAUGUACAAGAACUAUCCAUUUUACUCAGUGAUAACUACACAGGAUUUAUGUUGCCUGUUGUAAAGUUCACUGAUCCCUCUGUAA